GGCAGACGCGCCGCGGGUGUCUUCGUCGCUCCGCGCCCCGCAGCGCUGGGCUGGGUGAGUGAGCGGGGCUAGGCGGAGAGGGAGCAGGGAAGGCAGAAGCUUGGGGUGGGGCUCGAACUUCGCGCUGCUUCUCGUAACCUGCAUCAAGUCCUUGGCUUGGAUCCUUGAAUACUGAACACCAUGAGCAACUACAGCGUGUCUCUGGUCGGCCCGGCUCCUUGGGGUUUCAGGCUUCAAGGUGGCAAGGAUUUCAACAUGCCCCUGUCCAUCUCUCGGCUUAACGACGGUGGAAAAGCAGCCCGAGCAAACGUGGGGAUUGGUGACGUGGUUCUCACCAUUGAUGGGAUAAGUACAGACGGGAUGACUCAUCUAGAAGCACAAAACAAGAUCAAGGCAUGUACAGGCAAUCUGAACAUGACUUUGCAAAGAGUGGCUUCUGCAACAAAACCUGAUAUUAUUCAUGUACCAAAGGAAGAACCUAAAGAAGUAGUUAAGCCUGUGCCCGUUGCCUCUGCUGCUGCACCCAAAGUCACUGCCAUGGCCAGUGUGGCUUACAAUAAGACCCCGAGGCCAUUCGGAGCUGUGGCCUCCUCAAAAGUCACCUCCAUCCCGUCACCAUCCUCUGCCUUCACCCCAGCUCAGGCGGCACCCAUGCUUCCCACCCCAGCCCCAUUUGCUGCACCAGGACUGCAUGUUAACGCCAAGCCUAAUGCUGAUGGGUGGCCGCCCGCGCCGAGCACUGCUAAACCUGCCGUUAAUGUCCCACGGCAGCCUGCCACGCACAAUGCCGCCCCGGGCGGCCAUGUCGGCGACAGCACCCAGGAGCUAGCGGAGGGGCUGCGACGAGGAUUCAGAGAGAACCAGGGUGACAAUAAACAGCAAAAUGGCCCCCCACGAAAGCAUAUUGUGGAUACCUAUACGGAGUUCUACCACACCCCUACUCACAGCGAUGCCAGCAAGAAGCGGCUGAUUGAAGAUACUGAAGACUGGCAUCCCCGGACAGGCACCACCCAGUCACGCUCUUUUCGCAUCCUUGCUCAGAUCACCGGCACUGAUCAUAUGAAAGAACCAGAACAUGAAGGUGCAAAGAAGUCUAAUGAUUCCAUGGAGCCUACCCCUCCUGCUGCUUAUACACCCACUUCAGUGAGGAAUGUGUCUGCCAGCCACGAAAGCCCAGAUCCUAGACCUAUCCCCACCAACAAUGCCACAUCUCCUUCAGCACCCAAGCCAGCAGGACCCUCAAGCGCUGCCAAGUACUCAGGCUGGCAGCCUCCAAGCCAAGCAGCUCCUGCCAGUGGAUGGACAUCAAACAGUAAUAAAACAUCUGGAACAACUGCUCCGAGUCAAAAGUUAGCAGCAGCCUCUCAGCUAACAGAGCAGGACACAUUGGUUCAGAGGGCAGAGCAUAUUCCAGCAGGAAAGCGUACUCCAAUGUGUGCACAGUGCAAUCAAGUCAUUAGGGGACCUUUCUUGGUGGCCUUGGGGAAGUCAUGGCACCCAGAGGAAUUUAACUGUGCUCACUGCAAAACUUCCAUGGCUUACAUUGGAUUUGUGGAAGAGAAAGGGGCUCUGUAUUGUGAGGUCUGCUAUGAGAAGUUCUUUGCACCUGAGUGUUCCAAGUGCCAGCGGAAGAUCCUUGGAGAAGUAAUAAAUGCUUUGAAACAAACUUGGCAUGUUUCCUGCUUCGUGUGUGUGGCCUGUCAUAACCCCAUCCGCAAUAAUGUCUUCCACUUAGAAGAUGGUGAUCCCUACUGUGAGACGGAUUACUAUGCCCUCUUUGGUACUAUGUGCCACGGCUGUGAAUUCCCCAUUGAAGCUGGAGACAGGUUCCUUGAAGCCCUGGGCCACACUUGGCAUGACACUUGCUUUGUAUGCUCGGUAUGUAAUGACAGUUUGGAGGGUCAGACUUUCUUCUCCAAGAAGGACAAGCCACUCUGCAAGAAACAUGCUCACUCUAUCAACAUCUGAUUCUUGGAGCUCAUCUUGUUUAGCAAAUGUGCUGAGCAGAAGGAAAGGUCAAAAUAUCCAUGUUCAAUAAUUGGUUAAAAUUAUUUAUAUAUGCUAUGUUAAAAAUGGAAGAGGAAUGUGGAAAGUUUUGGGGUUUGUAUGCUACUUUUAGAAUGUUUAUCAGUUAGGGAUUUGCUUCAUGAAAAGAUGGGAAUUGGAAAUCACACCCAAGCCAAACUAUUAGAGCACCUUUACAUCUGUACUUGGCAUAUUAUGGGGUUCAUGAUUUUAUGACCGCAUAUAUAUAUAUACUUAUAUAUGAGAAAGGAAACUUCUCUAAGAAUAAAUACCUGAAACUAAUGUGUUGGUUUUGCUGCUGUUCAACAAACAAGAGGAGAUUGGCUUCAGUGAUCCAGAUCACUUUAUUGUGCUGAUGUUUUUUAAAGUGUAUCUAGAAGUACUGAAGCUAAACUCCAUUAAAAAGGAACUCAAAGCAGAAAUAGGCUUACAGGGUAUGCAGUUCAACAACUGUUAAUUUCAUCUGAUGCUCUGAUUUAUGAAGCCUCCUGCACAAUUACACGUAUUUACGCCUUUAGCAGUGAAAUCUCUGAUAGGCCUGCAGGGUACAGAGGUUUUUACAAAGCAAUGAAGAGUAGGUGGCUAUGCUAGCAAACAGGAGUGACUUAGAAGAGGCCACUUGAAAGAAAGCGUAGAUGGGAUACCAUUCCUGACAUCAUGGCGUGUACUACCAGAACACUAGCCAAAACAAAGUGCUAGUUGAGGUGCAUUUGACAAGACAGAAAUGUCAGAUCAGAUCUUCAGUAUAAGGAAGUAGGAGUUAUACUCUUCUGUUCACAGCUGAAGUUCUAGGAAGUUUUCAGUGCCUCGGAAAGGAAAUCACAUUGAAUCUACGCAUAACAGUGCUUAUAACUUGAAUGUGAUGCUUUGGUGUUUAAUGAGGGAAACUUCUGAGGACAGAAGGUCCUCAGGUGCAACUGAGGACAUUACUUUUCUCUCAGUACAUUCUUUAUGAUGUAGCUCAUAAAUAUGUAUAUUGGUGGUGUGCCAGGUAGUGUACUGAAAACUGAUUUUCUUGCUCAGCUGUUACGAUUUUUAUUCGUUUUGCUUUUUUCUCUCCUUUCCAGCAGAUGCAAGGAAUAUAUUGUUAAAUAAUGUAACAUUGAGUUAGGCAGUCCAGUAUUUCUCAGUUGUUGCAGGGGAAAGGAGACAAUAGUGCCAUUAUGCAUUUAUUGCAAGCCAAGAGAUUUUGCCAAUCCUGUGGCUUUGUAUGAAUUUCACUUCCACACAGAGGGUCAGCAGGAGACCUGUGCACCAGUUAAGUCCCACUUGUCUUCAAAUUAGGGCUCAAAUGGUAUGGAGUAGUAGUAAGCUUAUAGGGGAGGGGUAAUGACCCUCUGCACGAGGUGAAUUUACUCCAGCAGAGUUGCACAACAGAGGAGGCCCUCUUGGGGCUAGAUUAGAUUCCUGAUGCAAAAUGCAUUUAUGUGCUAUUAAAUUCAACUGGGAUGUUAGAGCUGAAUUGUGUUAGGCUUCAGUGUUCUUUCUAAUAUACAUUCAAAAUGACUGUUUGACAUGUACUGGGCAGGUUUUUUGUUUGUUUUCUUCUGAUUUCUUUUUUUGUUUGGAUGUCGCUGUUGUUGUUUUUUUAAAUGAUAAAAAGGAGAGGUUUAGACAUAAAGCCAUGGGAAAAAAAAUGCAAAAUAUUGCUGUGGUUGAGUAAGAGGGAAUGUCAACAAAAGAGGCGGGAAAAAUGCACCAAAAUUGCUGUACUGAAAUAUGGAAAGGAAUUUCUUUUUAAUUCAGUUAAACGGAUUCACACGAUGGACUGUUUCACUUUAUUUCCUGAGGUAGUUUUUCUUCAAUACUACCGUUUCUUUUUUUAACUUCUGGUGGUAUGGAAGAAAUGUCACAAAGCUGUUUAAGGUGUUUAUACUAUAAUAGAUAUACCCUUCUGUGAGUGUGGGUUAAAAUCAAAAGGGUGGAAGCAGAAUGGAUGAGAUAACAGCAAUGUGAGCCAGCUUACUUUUGAAAUAAGUGGAAUGUGGGGAAAUGAGACCUAAGAGCUAGGUGUCCAUAGAGCUAUAUUGCACGUUUGAGGGAAGAGGAUAGGAAUGCACAGGGUAAGGUGGUAUUUUCUGCAGUUCAAACCUCGCUAUUUCGAAGUAGGAUAGAAGCUCUUCAAUGGGCACAAAGUUUGUCAGUGUCCUUAAAGUCAAUUUGAUUUUUUUCUUUUUUUCUUUUCUUUUUUUUUUUUUAAUUUUAGGUUCAUAAUUUUUUAUUGGAUUUGUAUUUCUUAAUCCAUAUGCUCUAGGAUUUGAACUUUCACAGUUGUUAGUGAAUUUGAGGACAAGCGCCUGAAAGGCUCCAGUAGGACUGCAUCACUUAGCUGCUUUGUGUUUUAGUUUUUGCUAUGUUUAUUUGUUUAAAAUUUAAAAAGGAAGCAUAGAAUCACUGAUAUAUAAUGAAUAUUUAAUGGCUCUCUGAAAUAAUCUAAAUCAACUAAGACAAAAAGGAACAUACUGUUUAUCGUUAUUUUAAUAAGUGAGAUUUUAGUAGAGCACUUUAUUAUAAUGCUGUAUAUCUCACUGAAUAUUUAUUACUUUGUUGUUGUUGUUUAGGGCUAUUUCAUACUGGUUGUUUUAUUUGUCAGCCUGCAUAUUUACCUCUGGAAUCUUUUGGCGUGUCAAUGUGUGUGUAUUUAGGCAUACUUGCCUUGGUAUGCACGUGUGUACACUGAGACAUGCAUAUUUGUUCACAUAAGCGUACGUAUAUUUGAUUUAAGACUUGACAUAGCAAAAAUCAGAGCAGUUUCAUUAUUAUUUGAUUUAAUUUGUUUGUUUUUAAGAUUCCCAGCUUCAUAAAAUAGAUCUAUAACAUUCAUGUUUUGAGGUGAAGUUAGAAAGUCAGGAAACUCCUGUUAGUAGCCUAACUGCUGUAGGUUUUUGCAUGCAUUUUCAGCCAGUAAUUCCUUUUUCUUCCAAAACUGUGUCAAGAGAAUUGGAUUUAACUCUGUUUGAAGUUAGAAGAUCUUUAUAACUAAAUAAUUGAAUCAUGAUGAGUGUUUCGGUAAAUUGUAACUAAAUAAUUCAGAGUUAUGUGUAAAUAUAAUAAAUGCUUAAUAUAACAAUGCAAUAAACUUAUAAACAAAAGUUAA